UCAGCAAUCUAGUUCCAGCGACGCUCAAUUUCAGCAAUUCAGAUCCAGCGACUUGCUCUAUUUCAGAAAUACAAUCCCAGCAACUUGCUCUAUCAACGCAGUUCCAAUUUUUCCAGCAACUCAGUUCCAGCGCUUUGUUGCAGUGCUCUCCAAUACGGCACAAGAGUCCCAGCAGGCCAAAAGCCAGACGAGCCAGACAAGCCGGGCGCCGCUCGCGGCGGCCUGCACACAGCCGGCACGUGACGCGCGGGACUUAGCCGCGUGCCGACCGAACCAUCCGUGUACCAGCGCUAACCCCAUGGACCCCAGGCACACCGCCGUUGUUUCCGCGCGCGGAAUUGCAUUCCCGCGCCCGCCGCCCCGCCAAUGGCCAACCCCAGCUUGUCGUGGCAGAAGCUCCAGGAUGUCUACUACAGCCUCCGCCCCUGCUUCGACCCGCCCACGUGGGACCUCGAGGACCUCCCCCUGAACUACCGCGUCAGGGUGCUGGCCAGCGCGUCGCUCGUGGCCGUGGCGCUGCGCUUUGUGGCGCACCCCAGCGUGGUGGCCAUCUACAGCGCCAGCGGCUCUAAGCUAUGGACGCUCGUGCACAACCCGGCCGGCGCGCAGGACCACAUCGUGGACUUUGUGUUUGCGGCCGAGCGGCUCUGCGUGGUGCUCGCCAGCGGCACCGUGCGUGUGUACUCGGACUUGUGGGGCACGUUCGACGAGUACUCAUUAGUAGACGGCGUGCAGCGCAUGGCCGGCACGCCCGGCACGGGCGGCUUCAAGUACGUGGUGCCCCGCCUCGAGGACGCGCCGGCCGCGGCGCCGCGGCCCGUGGUGGCCGCGGACGUGUGGGGCGCGUACCUCAUGGUGCGCUACGAGGACCGCAUGACGUUCAUGCACACGGCGUCGUUCCGGGCGUUCGAGGUGCCGUACCCCAGCUUGCUGCUGCAGCAGGUGCACGCGGUGGGCGUGGUGCUGGCGGCGCCGCAGGCGCUCACGUGCGUCAUGAGCUACGCGCACACCGUGUACACGAUCCGGGUGGACUUUGCGCGGGCCACGUACGAGUUUGCGGACGAGCAACUCACGGCCGGCCCGUUCCGCGCGGUGGCGGCGCUGGCCAACGGCCGCCUCGUGGCGCUCUUGAACGCGCACACGCAGCGCGUCUACGUGGCGUCCGCGGCGUUCGACGCCAUGCUCCUCGAGUACGACACGUCCAACGAGUCCAGCGUGCCGUACCUGAUGCAGUGGGCCGCCAGCGACGCGCUCAUCCUCUCGUUGCGCGACGAGGUCAAGCUCGUGGCGCCGGGCCAGCGCCUGGUGUCGUUUUUCUACGACGCCGAGGACCAGCCGCCGCCCGCGGCCGCCGGCCCCGCGCCGUUCACCGUGCCGCUCCUCGUGCCGCGGCCCGACGGCGUGACCAUCAUCACCAGCAGGAAGGUCGAGUUCCUCGCGCGCGUGCCCGCGGCCUCGGUCCGCGUGUUCCUGGUGGGCUCCGCGCACCCGGCGCGCGUGUUGCUCGACUGUGUGGACAAGUUGGCGCACCACGCGUCCAAGGCCGACUCCGGCGUGGCGCUCUUGCGGGCCGAGGGCCUGCUCGUGGACGCCGUGGACGGCUGCUUGGCCGCCGCGCUCGAGGAGUUCUCGCCCCGCCGCCAGAAGGCGCUCUUGAAGGCCGCCUCGUUCGGCAAGCUCUACGUGGACGGCGGCUACGACGCGGACAGCUACGUGCGCGUGGUGAACACCUUGAAGGUGCUCAACCAGCUCCGCACGCCCGAGGUCGCGCUCUUCCUCUCCCACGCGCAGCUCGUGGCCCUCGGCUGGCCCGCCGUCGUGGACAUGCUCUUGGCCCGCUCGCUCCACUGGCUCGCGCUCCGCGUGGUCGGGCUCUUGGGCUUGCACGCAUGCACGCCGCCCAUCUACGUCCACUGGUGCUGCUGCAAGAUCCGCACCGAGCGCGCCAUGCCCGACCUCGAGCUCUUCCGCGUCGUCGCCAAGAAGUUGCUCGCGGCACGCGGCUCCGCUACUAACGGCGUCGCGCCCCGCAACCUCAUCCCCAUCGCCGCCAUCUUUGACGUGGCGCUCCAGGAGGGUCGCCCCGAUCUAUGCAAGCUCCUCGCCUGCCUCGAGCCGGCGCCGACGCGCAAGGUCGCCAUGCUCCUUGAGAUCGACGAGCUCGACUUGGCCUUGCGCAAGUGCUUCCAGACAUGCAACUACGACUUGUGUGUCUUGAUCUUGCGCCAUCUCAAAGACACGCUCUCUGCCGCCGCGUUCCAGCGCGUGUUGAGCCAGACAGAAGUGCCCGACGCUCUCCGCGAGGGGCCUGUCCGGGAGCUCCUCAAGGACGACCGCAUCAAGCACUUCUUCCAGGACAAGUUGCACGUCAGCGGCAACCUCAUUGGCAACUUGUGGAAGGAGUCCACCGCCAAGCACGACCCCGCGCUCCUCAAGGAAUUCUACACCAAUGCUGGACGAUCCACCGAGCUCAAUGUGCUCCGCUUGGAAGAGUACGGGGCCUGCAUGCCCGAGCCUGAGCGCCCGUCGGAGUACUCGGAGGUGUAUCAAUCCCAAAAGCGCGAGCUAUCCCGUUUGGCCGAUAACAGAAAACUAAGGCCCGUCGUGCAGGCAGAACUCAGCACGCUAGAGCUUCGCUACAGACUCUCCAAUACUUUCCAACAGUCUUUCUUCGGGGAACCCUCGGUCGUCGCCAUCAUCUCUCGGCUCAUCAAGAUGUACCAACUCAAGCCAGCCGCCAAGGUCGUCAAAGAUUUCAAGAUACCGCAAACAAAGUUCUGGAACCUAGUGUUGGACUUGUACUGUCACUCGGGGGAGUUCGAUCGACUCAACAGGUUCAUUGUCGAAGCCAACUCAAACGCUGCAGUGUACAAGUCGCCCAUUGGGUUCGAGACAAUAGUCGAGACUUGUUUGGUGUUCGACUGCCCUAGGCAUUAUGUCUCGACAUACAUCAAGUAUUGCUCUGAAAUCAACUAUUCCGAGAGGGUGAAGCUCUACAUGAGAAACGGAGACAUGAUCCUGGCAGCAGAGGAAGCUUUCAACAACAAAGAUGCUGAACUCCUACUCGUGAUACAGAAAGGUUUGCAAGCUGAAGAUGCUAAUGUCUUGGAUGCUAUAAAGUCGUACUUGAACCGGUUGGGGGUAUGAAUGGUCCAUCC